AUGUCCUCUUUGCUUCGCUCGCGGGUUCUCAAAGGCCUCGGAGACCUCGGCCAUGUUCUCAAGACCCGCAAGAGCAAAUGCUCAUGGCUUCCUAGCAGUCUUGUCCGAGGGACCAGGCAGCUCAGGCUACAGUCGUUCACGUCGACGUCUAGUUGGGGGAAGACGACCCGAUCUCGUUGGCUCGUAGUUGGCACUGGAGCCGCCGCCGGGCUGGCAUGCUGCAUGUUGGAAGCGAACAAGACUUAUCUAGCGGAGAUGGAAGGUGUGAGUGUGGCUGCUCUGAGCGAUGCGGUGCUCGGCAAGAGCGACGUUUCGAAGCUGCAGAGUAUCCUAGAGUCGGUUGCUAGCCAAGUCGCGUCGAACGACGUGGAAGACCGGAGAGUGAUCCUUCAGCUGCUCUCGCGGAGAGACAUCUUGCUUCAUCAGAAGGACGCGAUCAGACGUGGAGCCUUGAAGGCCCUCAAAGAAUGCGUCUCGACGCUCUCUGAUGAUUCCGGCGCCGCAACCAUGGUGGCUGUCCAGAGCGAGGCCUACAAGAAUUUGCUUGCGUGUGCAGCAGACACUUUCAAUCGAGUGAAGGAAGGUAAAGGUGACGCAGAAGCAGCGGAAACUCUUCACCUCGUCAUGGGCUGUCUGUCUGAAUGGAAUCUCAAGGCGAAACUCAGCCCUGAAGAUGCGAAAGGAAUUCUCAAGAUAUGCAGGAGUGACGACAUCUUGAGAAGUCAAAGUGCCGGGCUGAUUGAAAACUCACUGCAAGCUCUGCUAUUCAUAUCCAAGGCCAAAGAUGCUCUUCCUGGCCUUAUUAGUGCUGAGUCGAUCGAUCUGUGCUCGAGAGUCUUGGACGACAAGUCUUCGUCAGCUAGCGCAAAAGUCCUGGGCUCGCAGGUUUUGGCUCAGUUGACAGAGUACAAGGGCUCGUGGCUGAGCUCCAACAUCUCCAAGUAUCGAGGGUUCUCUGACGUGGUGAAACAAAUCGCGCUGCUGUCUUCGAUAGAUAUGGACGCGGAUCUCAGUAUGAGAUGCCUUGAAUCUCUGGCCAAGAUCGCUACGUCAGGGUUUCACAAGAACCUCAGUCAGCAGGCAGCAGAGUCUUUGAUUGGAGCCUUCACCUUUGUGUUGAUGCCUUCCAGAGGCUCGAGUGAUGAGCAGAUGUCUCUGGCCAUCGAGUCCCUGGCGACUGCAGCAACAGAUCCGAAACUGAUCUCUCUCGUUGCCAAAUCUCCGACGGCAGACCACAUCAUCUCGGUCGCAAGCACUUCGCUCAAAGUGUCGAACGCUGUUGCUGCUCUCCACAUCCUCUCCGCCAUCGCCAAGUCGUCCCUGGAGGCCGCUGAGUUUCUCAGCCACAGCGGAGCCAUCCAAGGUCUCGUUAGCGCCGCUGAACAUCACAAGAGUACCAUUGAGAUCCGGGAAGCGGUCGCGACGUGCCUCGAUGCCAUUGCCUCAGCUGAUUCUGAUGACUGCAAGACGCAUGUUGCUCACUUUGCAACCCCCAUCAUUAUCGCCCUCGCAAGGACUUCGGAUGAGGACAUGCAGCUGAAAGCUCUACAAAUCUUGCUGAAGCUGUGCUACAACUCCUACAACAAGUUUAACAUGCAGAAGACCUUCGGAAUCAUUGGCGAGCUCGUUCCUUUCCUCGCAAGGGAGGACGUCAAACAACUCGAAGUUGUGACUGAGUGCUUGGCUCGACUUGCUAGUACCGACAACGCUUACUUUGGGGAGAACACGGAAGAGUUAGGGCGAGCAAGAGCGAUGAAGCCGCUCAUGAUCCUCGCCAAGUCACAACAUCCCCUCGUCCAUCGGAACGCUACUUGGGCCCUCGCCUGCAUGACUGCCUGCGACAACAAUCACGUUCCAAUGCGAGCGUCCAUCGACACGCUCUUGCUGGUGCUGGCUCAUGGGACAAGAGACGCCCAGCGUCUGGCUGCCAUGGCAGUUGCCAACUUGGCGGCGACGGAGAGGACGCGGCAGAUCUUGAAGGACAAGGGCGCGGAAACACUGCUGCGCAACUGUGCGCAGAUGAACUCCUCGGAUCAGAUCCUGAAGCAGGUGUACAAGACGGCCAUGACAAACCUGAAGCGAGGAGGGCAACAAGUUUUCAACAUUCCUUUGCCUGAAUGA